UGGUCACUCACUUACUUCACAAGGUGAACAUGGGCAAAGUACUGUUUGUGACGGCUCUGGCCCUGCUGCUGCAGGCACAGCUGGGAUCCUCCUUCAUCUUGUCAUGCUACUUCACAAACUGGGCGCAGUACAGGCCACCCCCCACCAUCUACAUGCCCAACGACAUUGACCCAUGCCUGUGUACCCACCUUCUCUAUGCUUUUGCCACCAUGAAGAACAACAUGCUGGCCACUUAUGAGUGGAAUGACGUGGAGCUCUACAGCCAGUUCAAUGGCCUUAAAAAUCAGAAUGGAAACCUAAAGACUCUGCUGUCUGUCGGUGGUUGGAACUUCGGCUCUGCAGGGUUCUCUGCAAUGGUGGCCAGCCCCACAAACCGUCAGACCUUCAUCCAGUCAGUCAUUGUGUUCCUGAGGAAGUAUGAGUUUGAUGGGCUGGACAUUGACUGGGAGUAUCCAGCCAACAGGGGGAGCCCUCCUGAAGACAGGCAAUAUUACUCUGUCCUCCUGCAGGAAAUGAGAGCUGCUUUUGAGAAUGACGCCAAGCAGACUAACAAGGCUCGCCUUCUGCUGUCAGCUGCUGUGUCUGCUGGAAUGGACACCAUUGAAUCUGCUUACGAGAUCCCCAAGAUCGGACAGGCCCUGGAUAUGAUCAACGUCAUGAGCUACGACUUCCACGGCUCUUGGGACCCCUUCACUGGAGAAUGCAGCCCUCUGUACAAGGGCCCUGCUGACAAAGGAGGUUUCAUCGACUUCAAUGUGGCCUCUGCAAUGAAUUACUGGAAGAACCAGGGAGCUCCGGCUGAGAAGCUGUUGGUUGGUUUCCCAACCUAUGGUGCCUCAUUCACUCUGAGAAAUCCGGCCAACCAUGGGGUUGGAGCCGCAAUCUCUGGCGCUGGAACCCCAGGGCCGUACACCCAGGAGGCUGGAGAGCUGGCUUACUUUGAGAUCUGUGGAUUCUUAAAUGGAGCCACCAUGGUUUGGAAUCAGCCACAGGAUGUGCCAUAUGCCUACAAAGGAAACCAGUGGGUGGGUUAUGAUGAUCCCAAAAGCUUUGAGAUAAAGGUUGAGUGGUUGAAAAAGAACAACUUUGGGGGUGCCAUGGUGUGGACCCUUGACAUGGAUGACUACAAGGGCACCUACUGUAACCAGGGCAAAUACCCGCUUAUCAAUGUCCUUCACAAAGCCUUCAAUCUGGACCAAGCAACUUGUGCCCCUCCUGCCACCCCCUUGCCUCCUAUUAAGGGAGUGACCAGUGAUGGUGGAGGAAGCUCUGGACAGAGCGGUAGCAGCUCUAGUGGAAGCAGCUCCAGGGGAGGAGGCACCAGUGGCAUGACUAGCGGUUUCUGCGCUGGCAAGGCAAACGGAAUGUACCCCAAUGCCAACAACAAGAAUCAGUUCUAUAAUUGCAGCCAAGGAAAGACCUACUUCCAAAACUGUGCUGCAGGUCUGGUCUUUGACACCUCCUGCUCCUGCUGUAACUGGUCUUAAAUGUAUUCAAUAAAUUGUUUAACAUGUUAAUCACUCACCUGAUCAAACUAGUCAAUGAAUAGAGAAAAAAAUAAAGUUCACCAGCUUCUCAAUGUGUUUU